AUGUUGGAGGUAAAAGACGACAGCUUUCACGUCACAUGUGAAGGCUACUCCCAUCUGAGUGACUCAGAAUCGGAGGAAGUCGGCCGCAUGAGUGUGCUCAUGGGCGUACCCGCCAUCAGUGGUAUGCUGGAGUCUCUAAGCAGAGAACAGCAACAUGCUGCUAUCAACAAGCUCCUACAAGGGGAACUUGCCGUCAGAAGACAGAUGAUAGCCUUGCUACAACAGCAAGGCUCUCAUCAGUCGAUGGGCGGACCGACGCACACGUGUCGACCCGAAAUCUUUAAGAUUGAUAUCUCAAUGUACAAGGGUACCGAUGAAGAUCUCUUUUGA